AUGAACGAAGCACUCUGCUCUAUUCUCUCUGGCGAGGACGAGUGGAGCUACGACAGCGAUGGCCGGACAAUCAAGUUCAACCAGGACGGCACGGGCGAGCUAUGGUGUCGCUGCGAACUAGUCGUUUGGAUUGCCGCAGACUUCACAUGGAAGAGCAUCAAGCAGCCACCACUUGACCCGACCGUAAUUGAAUCAUCACUCAAAACAGCAAAAGCCUCUCCGGCCCUCCUCGGACAACUCAACCUCGAAAUAACCCUUGUCAAACGACUGCCAGAAUGGACGCGAACAUCGACAUUGGCAAGAAACACCCUAGUCAAUGAACAUAGUCUCACAGACGCGGCCUUUGAGCCCAAGUUGUAUACUGUCCGAUUCGAGAGAGGCAACUUUAUGGUGCCUUGGUUCCUCGAGGGCCCAAAAAGCCAGUAUCAUUUAAGCCCAAGAUUUGAGCUCCGUUUAUUGUUUGAUAAGUCGCCAUAUCCUCCGCGGUCUGAGUGGAAGAAGCCAGAUGGGGGUCCGGAUUCGGGUCAGUUUUGGGAGCACAAGGAAUUCGUCGGUAGAAAGUCCUCGGAGCUGAAAAGGCCUAUUAAUGAGGUUAUUUCGGCAGCGUGUACAGUUUCCUAG